AACCUUCAACCAGGAAGUAGCUGAUAUGAUAUCAAAGCACGAGUCGGGUACAUAGAUCGAGUACACACGCUUUAACUACCCGAAUGUCAUAGUUGGGUAUUUUCGUUAUCACAGUAUGGCAGACGCGGAGCAGAGUUUUCUACCCAGGAAACCAAAACACGACAGCUCACAACGUUGGCGACGUUGUUUGUAUACGGCUGUAGCAACAUCUCUUACAUGCAGCUUAGCUUUGCUCGUUGUAUUCGUUGUGAAGAUUGGAUUCAGUUUUCGAGGUGUUGACCAUUCCGUCUCCCAAUAAAUACAUUGACAGUGGGGCAGUUUGCACUGUCUGUGACCACAUCGGACGCAGGAUCCAGUCAUCGGAGACUCUCUAUGACUUGGUUAGGACACCGGAACAUACUGUUUGUUGUCUGAAAGACGGUAUGGUAUCCUCAGUGUUUAGACAGAUAAUAGCUGACCAACAAGCUUGGAGUGAAGACAAUGCAUAUUCCGGUCAGCCUAUUCCAUCAUCCUUAAUGAAGUUACGAGAGAAUGUUACUGGAGCUCACCUGUACUUGGACCCAAACAGUUUACUUAAAGGCAGGCUGUCAUGGAUCGACCAGGACAAAUACGGAACCGCCUACCUAUCCAGAAUUCGCUACCUCAAUCAUCGCCUCAUCAUUCCAUCAGCAGGACGGUACUUUCUAUACUCACACAUCACAUUCACCAGAAAGUUCCCCGGAACUCGUGGAGGCAAGGAUUUCAUCCACAGGAUCACACGUUACCACCCGAAGCAGCCCAAAUUGGGAGAAGUUAACGUUUUGGUCAGCAAAGAUUCUUACCCACAAUUCACCACCCAAAAGUCAAGCUUUCAGUCAGCCAUCUUGAAUUUCCGGUCACAUGACCAGCUGGCUGUCCACGUGUCUGACACAGAUUCUGUUCACAGCAAUUCAAUGUACAGUUAUUUUGGUGUUGUUAAACUAUGACGAUCUGUUUUCAAAGAUUGUUGUAUCCCUCAGUGGGGCUAAGUUCUAUCGUACCGUUGGAAGUACAGCACAGGGGAUGUAUGUUUUGUCAAUUAUUCUCAGGGCAAAGACGAACUGGCGUACUUCGCUCUGACCUCACUAGAUAUACCUAGCCGCCUACCCUGAUUCCAUCAAGCUAAGUUUCCCCGGCAAAUACAUACAUUAAUAUAUUAUGUCUAUUCUACACAUGCACUAAGCUCUUAAUUCUACGUUGCCUGCUCUAU